AUGUCCAGCAACCAUCAUUCGGUGUCCUCGGUGGCUCGCGUAUACACCGACGUGUUAUCCACCAAGCCACAGGUUUACUGGGACUACGACGACAUAAACAUCAAGUGGAACUCCCAGGAGAACUACGAAAUCAUCAAGAAGCUCGGACGAGGCAAGUACUCCGAGGUGUUCUUGGGCAUUGACUUGGCCAAGAAAGACAAGGUGGUUAUCAAGGUGUUGAAGCCCGUCAAGAGAAAGAAGAUCAAGAGAGAAAUCUCCAUUUUGAAGAACUUGGUGGGUGGUCCCAACAUCAUCGAGUUGCUCGACAUCGUCAGAGAGCCCCAGUCCAAGACCCCAGGGUUGAUUUUCGAACACAUCGACAACAUAGACUUCAGAACCUUGUACCCAACAUUCACUGACUACGACAUCAGGUACUACAUGUACGAGUUGUUGAAGGCCUUAGACUAUUCCCACUCCAUGGGAAUCAUGCAUAGAGACGUCAAGCCUCACAACGUCAUGAUCGAUCACGAGAAGAAGUCCUUGAGAUUGAUAGAUUGGGGCUUGGCAGAAUACUACCAUCCCGGCACCGAAUACAACGUGAGAGUGGCAUCCAGAUAUUUCAAGGGUCCAGAAUUGUUAGUGGACUUCAGAUUGUACGACUAUUCAUUGGAUUUGUGGUCAUACGGGUGUAUGUUGGCAUCCAUGGUGUUCAUGAAGGAACCUUUUUUCCAUGGAAAAUCCAACACUGACCAAUUGGUUCAAAUCGUCAGAGUUUUGGGAUCCUCGAGCUUGAACGAGUACCUUGAGAAGUAUAGCUUGAAGUUGAGCGAAGAAUACGAAGAUUUGGGAUAUUAUAAUAGAAGACCAUGGGAAAGAUUCAUCAAUGAGAAUAAUAAGCAUCUCGUAUCCAAGGACUUCCUUGAUUUCAUUGACAAGUUAUUGAGAUACGACCAUCAAGAAAGAUUGACCGCAAAGGAAGCUAUGGAGCAUAGCUACUUUGACUUGGUCAGAGAAAGAAGUUAG